AAAAUAUGAACAUCUGCCAUGCAUGGAUUUCCCAUUAAAUGUCAAUGAGUAAGUCCUGUCAAAUGAGUCAUAAUGCUAAAAAAAAGUAGUUAAGACCUGUAAAAUGGCCUUCACAGACGAAACUUCUAUAUCAUUGCCAUCCCUGAAUUUAAAUAAAAUUAAUAUUCAUACCAAGCUUCAAACCUCCAACAGUACGCCAGUAAUCGCCAAGUCUAAAUUUUGCAAAAGUUGCUGUAAACCUUGUCGCUGUAUUUGUCCGCGAGCUGUCGCAAGAUAUAAAGCACAAUUAAAAACUCAAGAAAGGAGCGAUAAUUUUGUUCUUAUUAGCGCAAGAUAUAUCGUGGAACUUUACCAUUGGACGAAUAAAUGUCUAUCUGCAGAUGAUUUUUUAAGAUCAAUUGUUGCAUCAGCGAUUUUAUUUGCAAUCGGUGUAAAACUCAGUGAGGAAUUGAAUGGAUGGAAUUUAUCAAGAACGGUCAGUUAAACUUAUUGAUCUAUGAAUAUCUUAUUUACUGAAAAACAUGUACAUUCAAAGUUUCUUAUUCGCAAUUCGUACAUUAUUUCUGGUGUUAAUGUAAUCAAAAACUACAAAAAUUA